GAGGGGGAGGGAGGGAGGGAGAGAGAGAUGUAUAUUGAGAGAAAUAUAGAGAGGAGAAAAUGGGGAAGCAGAUGAGUCUACAAAGUCUUGGUUUCAACCGUCUACUUUAAGAAAUCACCACCUCGUGUCAGCCCAGGGCCACAGUAGAACACAGCUGGAGGUGACGGCCAGAGUUGCAUGCAACCGCUCAACCACAAGAGCUUCCUGCACAACCUUUAUGUGGUUAAUACACUAUCUGGAUGUCUACCAUGUGGACUAAUUCUAGGAGGAAGUGGUGCUGUCUUCUCUUCCUCUCUGUCGUUUCUCUCCCAACCUACUCUUACUUCAUACUACAGGCCUUCUCUUCCCUGAGAAGAGCCCCCCCUAGUUUUACAGGCAACACUACCAUUCUACUGUGGCACUGGCCUUUUGGAAAGCCAUGCAACCUGAGUGGAGACGUGUGCUUGGAGCACUGGGGCAUCCAUGGAUGCCUUUUGGUGGACAACCGUUCCUUAUUUUCCAGGGCAAAUUUGGUGGUCUUCCAUAAUCAUGAGCUGAUGUCAGGUCGGCAGAAGUUGCCGUUGAAACGUAUCCGUCCAUCGGGCCAGAGGUGGGUCUGGCUAUCCUUGGAGAGCCCAGAGAACAAUGGGAAAAGCUGGGUGCAAAGAAAACACUUUGACUACAUCAUGACCUACAGACGAGAUGCCGACAUAACCAUCCCUUACGGACAACUGGUGUCUAAAGAAGCAGAGAAUGACGGUACAGUCGGUGCCUUUAUACCAAAGGGAAAAACCUCCCUGGCAUGCUGGGUUGUGAGUAACUAUUCAAAACAUCAUAAGAGAACAGCUGUGUAUGAGAAGCUAAAAAAGGUCAUUCCUGUGGAGGUGUAUGGCAGAGCUGUUAAUAAGUAUUUGGAUGCACAUAAUCUGUUACCCACCAUCUCUCGUUGCUACUUUUACCUGGCUUUUGAGAACUCUAUAUCCACGGACUACAUCACAGAGAAGUUUUGGUACAAUGCCCUCGUGGGUGGAGCUGUACCUGUAGUUUUAGGUCCACCCCGGGAACAGUAUGAGGCAGUGGCACCAAAAGAUUCCUUCAUCCAUGUGGACGACUUCAGAUCAAUAGAGGAGCUUGGAAACUUUCUCAAGAAACUGGCUGAGGAUAAGGAACGCUAUGCCAAAUACUUUGCCUGGAAACAACAGCAUACUGUCAAACUGUACAGGGACUGGCGGGAGAGACUCUGUGCUAUCUGCGCUAAGCUCCGAAAACCUAACACCUAACACCUUAAAAUCAGAAAAAGUAUACCAUGACCUUGGUGAAUUGAAAAGGUAAAACCCUUACAUUUUGACAAUGAGAUUGUAAUUGAAAAUACUACUUGAUUAACUCAUUGUAAUUUUUAUUUUGUGUGUGCAAUAAGAGUACUACUUUAAUUUAACACAUUCCAGGUUAAAACACCAUGAAUGAGUAAAUUAAAUUUGAUUGAUUUAUAGAUUAUGAAACAUCUCUAUUUGUGUGAAUAGCUACAUCUGGAACAAUAUAUGAAUUCUUGUUUAUUCCACAAAAAUAAACAAGAAGUACAUGGCCUCUGAUUGGUGUCUGCACAUUUAUUAAAUUUAAUAGCAUUUCAAGAGUAAACUAGAAAUACCUCAUAGCAGUGCGUAAUGUAACAGAGAAAGUCAUAGAAUAAAUGUGCAGGAAUUUUGUGAAAUAAAAAGAUAUUUUUUGUUCCAAGAAA